CCCGCAUACACGCACCCGCCUGGCCUCGCCUACCAAGCUGCAAGCCUAUUCACUUUAAUGACAGCAAUGCUCUGACCUCACGAUCCCUCAUGGCUACACGCCAUCGCUCUUCCUCUUCCCGUCGCCCCCGAUGUGGUCAAUGUGGCUCCCGUCGCUUCCGCAGGGAUCCUGACACUGGCCUGGUCAUUUGUCAGGAAGGUCACGUCCUGCAAGGGUACCGAGAGGAGGAAGUUCAGGAAGACGGUGACUUUGUCAACGUCUCCAGCCAGAAACGAUAUGUGCGCAAGGGCGACAGGACCAAGAAGAGGAAGCUUCACAAGGACGUCUACGGCACAGAGCGUGGAAGCUUCUUAGUCUACGAGUGCCUGCAACUCAUCUUACGACUGCAGCUCAAGUCACUGCGACAGGAAUGGCCCCACCUGCCGCCAGAGAUCGAGGCCAUCGCCAGAGACCUUUGGGCUAUGUUCGUAUCCAUGGUACCUUCCUUGAAGCCAACGCCGUACUCUGAAAAUCUGGACUAUGUCACAGGUCAGAUCAGGACCGCCCGCGAAGAAUCGAGAGCCAGGUCUGAAUCUAGAAGUCGCAGUCGCAGUAGGGCAAGAUCGCAAGGCACAGCCGUGAGCAGCUCGCAGGCAAAUGAGGAGGAACAAAUUGAGGCAGAAGAGGAGAGACAGCUAGAAGCAGAGAUACGACGUAUCAACGAUGGCCGUCCGCAAGAUACCGACGAAGACAUCGAUACUGAAGCCACUUCACAGGACUCGCCCCGCCUCUCACGACCUUGGGCAAGAGCAGGCAAUGAGCCAAUGCUGGUGCUGGCAGCCAUCAUCUACUUGUCUCUCAUCACUGCUCGCGUCCCUGUCCUCUGGGGCGAUCUGCGCCGCCUCUUCGCAUCCAGCAGGGUACCGUUCCUCUCCGUCGUGUCUCUACUACCCUCGGCAAUGACGGCUAAGCUUCCGGAGAAGGAGCUCAGGAGGCUUGAGAGAGACAGCGUACCGUCCAUCUUCACCUUCCAACUACGGACAUUCCGCUUUGCUGCCAACCUCACAGAUCGCUUCUCUCAGUCCAUCCAAUUCCCUGAGCUGAAUGCCCCUUCAGUCCUCUGGCGAUGCGUCAAAGAUAUGGGCCUACCCCCGACGUUCUACGAGGUAGCAUUGGGCUUGCUUACCUAUCUUGGGAUUCCUCUGGCCGUAGUUCCACCCUCUUCGGUUUCUGACCCAUGGUCCCUCCUUGGCUCCUUUGACAAGGAUCCCGAUGAGGCAGGGCUACCUGCCCUGCCACCCCUUCCUCCUCGACUGAAUUUGUACGCACAACCGCCAUGUGCUACGAGAUGCACUAUCAUAAUGGCUGCAGUGGUCAUUGCUGCAAAAAUGCGCUAUGGACUGGACGGCAUGGAGAGAGUCGCAGAGCUUUCUCCUUUGGCAAUGGUGACAGACGCUCCGUCUUUGCCUCAAUGGCUGGAAGCUCUCACAGCUUCCCAGGCAGAUCGUUGCGCCGACCCUCACUUCGCAUACGAGCUGGCUCAGCCCCCCUCUGUGCUGACCGGCGACCAGAUAGACUCCCUGUUGGACUUUGCCGAGGAGACGUUCACGGAGACCGUUCAGCCCAACGUCCGAUCUGUGUGGCAGAAGGAGCCCGUGGAUGGACUCUUCGGCGAUCGACUGCCCACUCGCACGAUCCCCCGAUGUGUCCGGCCGUACGACUACGAAGGCAACGAUGCCCCCCUACCUCGCAAGACACUUCUAGCUGCUCAGAAUGAAUGGCGAGAGAAGCUUCACAAGAGGCUCUAUCCGCUCCCAAGCACCGAUACCACCGCACAAUCCUCGACUCGCAGGGAUCCCUUGAGACCUGGCGAGGCCUACACUGACCCUUCUGUCGACCAUGAAGGAAUCGUCCACCCUUACUACGAGCGCAUUCUCAGGCAGGCAGCAAUGUGCGUCGGUCUGUCUGGGUCCGGUCAAGACGAAGAAGAAGGCUGGAAGGAGAUGGGCGAGGUGGUCAGAGACAUGGAGCUGACGCUGCUGAGACGUUUGCGCAAGGAGGCCCGACUUCCUCACUCGCAGGCGGUCAGCAUUAUGAUUGAUCGAGUGAUAAAGAAGCGCGGCAGGCCUUUGAAGGUGCAAAGGGAUGAAAGUGCACAGAUUGUUUCUGACGAAGAGGAGGAGCCGGACGAGGGUGAUAACGAGCGCAAUGAUGAUGAGGGCGACUCUGAGAGUCAGAAUGCAGAAGAGGACGAGGACGAUUCAAUGGACGACUGAGCGCCACUUCCAGUAUACCACUAUGUCAUGCUACUUCAUUGCUAUUGUACUAAUACAUUUGGAUCGUUGCACACU